AUGAUGCUAGCAGCGGCAGCAGCAGCAACAUCCAACAGUUGCAACAGUAUAAGCAAUGACCCCAGUUAUAAUAAUAGUAUUAGCAAAAUCGGAAUCACCCCGAACAACAACAGCGCUCAGGUGCUUGACGUAUUGCCAACCCACAACGCUAACAGUACAGCCGCGGUAACGACCACAUCGCCACCGGCGUCAACUUCGUCGUCCUGUUCGUUGCUAGGCAGUGCUCAGCCAAUCGUUUCACCAUCGCCCGGUAUUAUAUUUGACGAGAAACAGCUGGUAGUGGCGCAGCCGCCGCCGCCACUGACACCGGCGACUGGCCAAGAUGCCAUCGUUGUGCUACAGUCUGUCACACCCAGCACAAAUGUAAUUGUGAGUAACGGUGUGGUAACGGGCGGUGGAUCAUCAUCAUUCAGAUCAAAACCACCACCAGUGCCGCUGGUCAGCACAACGGAGCAAACCGUUAUGGUGGCAAAAGCAUCCGCUACAUCAACUUCUGGUGUUGCCAUAGCUACUGGAGGCAAACAUCAGCAACAGCAAACGCGUCAUGUAAAGUUGAACGUUUCGCAGCCUGCUUUACCUGGUGGAAAGUCAAAAACAACAACCGAUUCUGGAGCAUGUGCUCGUAAAGUGAAUGUUUGUGUAUCUGCUGGUGCUUCUUCAAACGCAAGUCGCACGCCACUGGCAACAGUCGGUGGUGAUAGUGUGAGCGAUACUAAGCAACAACAUGCUGCGCCUUUCGAAGCAACAACCCGUACGCCAACAUGUCACGUGGCAAUAACGCAUGUAAUUGCAAAUGGAACGAACAGUAUGACGCUGGGUAACAAAAACAAUCUAGCUUCUGGAGGUGAAGAACCGGCUGCUAGUAAUACAAGUGUAUACUAUCCUUCAGCACAACAACAACGGCAAGCAAGGUCAUCGACACCGCCAUCUUCAUCGGAACAGCGAUGCUCGAAGAAAAAACUAUCAGAGCAAUCAACCAACGCGGAACGAUGCAAACCGCAACAGGCUCCCCCUCCAAUGAAACAACAACAAAAGCAACCGAAACAACAUCAGCCCAACAAGCAGCAACAAAAGCAGCCACAAAAGCAACCGAUUCAGGCGAAGCAGCAUCUUUAUCACCACAGUUCUGCCGCAGUACACAACCAGCAACAAUCGGCAGCCGUUGCAGCAGCAGCUACCGUGGCCACAAUGUUGGCGCAGCAACAGCAACAACAACAACAUUAUAAACAAACUCCCACCGUUGCUGUCGCUUCUCAGGCGCUUGGUCAAUUGCCUACCGCACCAGCGACGAUGCCUCCUGCUUCACAUCUCGGACCAAACCACACACACGCUCAUUUGUUCUCGCAUGCGCAACAACAGCAACAACAACAACAUUCCGUGGUUCCGUUAGCAUCCACCAAUAGCUACGGGUUAAACGCUGGCCAGAUGCAACAGCAACAGCAACAACAUCGACAACAGCAAUAUUUGCAACAACGUCAGCAACAGUCACACGCGGGCAGUGCUGCAGCACAGUUACCACUACCGCUGUCCACCCUUCACCAUCCGGCCCAGCAGCAACCACCGCCUGCUCCCCCGCCACCACCCCUGUCCGCCACCACCACAUCCACUGACACAGAUGGCGCCGCAAGCACAUAA